AUGGCAACCGCUAUCGUUGUUGGCGCCACUGGCAUUCUUGGCCGUGAAAUCGUACAUCAACUCGGCCGCGAUCCUCAGAAAUGGAGCAAGGUUUACGCCCUCUCACGAUCCCAGAAGGAAGAGUUUCCUUCCAAUGUCGAACAUAGACACAUCGAUCUCACGGGUAGCGCGGACGACUUAGCUAAAGACCUUCAAGGUAUUAAGGCGGAAUACGUCUUUUUUGGUGCUUAUCUUGAACAAUCUGACGAACAGAAAAGCUGGGACGUCAACGGUGACAUGCUUCAAGCAUUUCUUGAUGCACUUGUCAAGAAUGGGACUGAUCAGCAAGUCAAGCGCAUUCUCUUGAUCACUGGUGCCAAGCAAUACGGCGUUGCCCUGGGACCUAUCAAGAACCCUAUGGUCGAGUCAGAUCCCUGGCUUACGGACAAAUCGAGCUUCCCACCCAAUUUCUACUACCGACAGCAAGAUAUACUGCACUCUUUCUGUGACAAGAGUAAUGGUCGAACAGCCUGGAACGUCACAUAUCCCAACGACGUCAUCGGAUACGCGCGCGGGAACUUCAUGAAUCUGACUACUGCGCUUGGGAUCUAUGCCGCCAUCAGCAAGGAGCUGGGCAACGACCUCGCCUUCCCUGGAUCGCAGAUAUCCUAUACUGGAUUCGACUGCUACACCGAUGCAGCAUUGCAUGCAAGGUUUUGUGAAUGGGUCGUGUUGGAGUCUUCGACUGCGAAUGAGGCCUUCAACGUCACUAAUGGAGAUGCAGAGAGCUGGCAGAACUUAUGGCCACAAGUGGCAAAGCGUUAUGGAAUCAAAGUCAGCGAGUCACAAUUUGCUGAGCAGCCUGGAUCUUUGGCUUCAACUAAAGAUUUGAAUCCCACUCCGCUCAUCAGUCUCUUCGAGAAACAAUCGGGACUCAAAGGUCUUACGAAGCGUGGGAAGAUCGACCAAAGCAUCGACUUGGUCAAAUGGAGCCAGCAAACGGAUGUGAAGCAAGCAUGGAAAGAGUUAUCGAAACGCGAUGGCUUGGACGAGAACGCUCUAGAGAAAGCUACAUGGGGUUUCUUGGGUUUUGUAUGGGGAAGAAACUACGAUCUUAUCAUGAGCAUGAGCAAAGCGCGACGAUUUGGGUGGUCCGAAUAUCUCGACACUUGGGAGAGUCUCUGUAAGACGUUUGAUCAGCUCGAGGCUACGAAAGUUCUUCCAAGGCGUAAAUGA